ACAUACGGGCUUAUAACCUUUUACGCGCCCCAAACCACUUCUGAAUUCCCGGCCAACCCUCUUGCGACUGACUGUUUGCGACUUUCGACUUUCUAUUCGCGCCGUUCACAAGGAACCAAAUAUAAACCCCGUCGCAUCUCCUCGUAACGACUGAAUCGCCAACUCUCUCUACGCCCGUCUUCGACCAAAUCCACUGCUCAAAACCAAAAGAUGCUCUUCGCAAUGAUGUUCGCCUUUUGGCGAUUCCUCGAAAUAAUCACCCUGAUACCAACAAUGGGCAUGCUCGCCUACUUCGUCGACGGCUACGUCAAAGCCAACCAGCUCACGCCCACCUACAUCCUCAUCCUCUUCAUUGUCUCCGUCCUCGCGCUGGCCUGGUGCAUCGCCACGUUAUUCUCUUACCACCGCUCCUCCACCAACGCGCAAUUCGUCUCCUUUGUCGACCUCGCUUUCGUCGGCGCCUUCAUCGCCGCCGUCUUUUACCUGCGCUGGAUCGGCAACGUGAACUGCACCUCGGUCGACCGGGGCAACCCUUACUUCCUCGACUUGGGCGCCGUGGGGUCCGCCAACUUUAACACGUUCCGCAUCAAUAUCAACAAGACGUGCGCCAUGUUGAAAGCGUGCUUCGCUUUUGGUAUCAUGAAUUGCAUUUUCUUUUUCAUUACCAGUCUGUUGGCGUGGAUUCAUGGUGGACAUACGGCACGGGGCGAGAGGGUUUACACGAGGAAGACGACGACUCAUCACCAUCAUCAUCACGGUGGACAUGGGAGGAGGAGUCAUAGUGGGAGCCAUAGUCGGAGCAGGAGGUCAAGGUCGCAUUCGAGGUCGUAUGUUUAGGAGAGAUGGGACAUUGUUUGUGAGGUUUGGGAGUAUGUACGGGAGGAGUAUUGGCAGGUGCCGUUGGAGGAAGGAGGACAGCGAGAACGACGAUUACCACC